AGGCAAUCGUGGUCCUUGUCAUGAUUUCCCUCACCUUCAGAUUCGUCGCGGUGGCGGAUGAUGUUAACCUCACUUCGUCCCGAUACAAGACACUACCGUGUUAUCUUGCAAUAUUUAUCUUAGCAGAAGUCUUUGAGAUGCUGAUGGCGUUUGAUGCACUGAGGCUACGGAAUGUCAUCCAACUCUUCGGUAUCCUCUUCGAGCCGUUCCUCAUAGUCUCACCCAUUAUGAUCGCGUUGUCGUGGUUCGCGCUUAUGUGGUUCGUGAGGGAGUUGUACCAUGAAUUUGGCUGGGCCAUUUUUCAUGUCGUCGGUGCAAACCCUGCGAUGAAGACAAUGUAUCAAUACUACCAGAUAAUGGUUUGCCUCCUCAAGCUCGACUUCUUCGUCUUCGUAGGCGUCACGAUGCAGCUUCUCAUCCUCGUCCUCGACGACGAAACCGCGGAGUUUGGUCUCACUGUUGCAGCUAUCCCAGUCACGAUGAUUCUGCUCAUCAUGGCUGGUUAUGCUGUCCAACGUGAAAUCAAAUCGUUGAUGACCAUCUCACUCAUCUUGAUGUUGGCGGCUCAGACCUACUUUUUCAAGCUAUAUCGUUUCUAUUCCCCGGCAUCAGAGGCAACGUACCUCUCAACCCGCGCAACCUUGACAACGUUCACCAUUGUCGCAUCGCUGCUGCUGUUCGCAACAUUUGGCAUCGGGUGCAAGUGCUUCCACGACUUCGACAAGGGUUUGCAGAGCAGCAAAAUGCACGGUCAGUACUACAAGCCUGUUGCGACACAGCUGAAAGAAACUCUACUCGGCGAACGCUUCAUGGCCGACCCGAAGAGCUCGUAUACGUCAGGAGGCCCGAUGGACUCAAGACGGCUGUCGAUAGAGUGAUCGACUCGCCAUUCGGAUUGCGCGCGCACGCGUUGUGUUGGGCGAGGAGGGAUUGUACGAUCAUCUGCUGUUGUCGAUCUCGCUUGGACACUAGCUACUUGUCUGUUGUUGGGUCGUUGGACGGACUACUGUGGAUCUACGAGGCUUUCUUAUGUUGUGCGACGACGAACUCGCUAAUGACUACCCCCUAUUUUAUUAGAUCUAUGCCGAUGUACCAUAGUACCCACUCAAUCGGACUGCAUGUCAUUGCUAGGACGAAACACCUCCAGCUGCUCAAGGUCUACAACUGGUUUGACGGUCGCUAUUGCUGUGCGUCGUCACAGGCAGUCUGCGGCGAGUCUUGGCUGUUACUUGGAUGCGUUUCCGUAAGGAUUUAGGGACGUUUCUUUGGCUCUAACCGGCUUCAGGCG